AUGUCUAAUAUCAUUGACGUUUUCAAUCCACGACCCAAUCGUGAACUCAGUGAACAGGAGACUAUGGACUGUCUUCCCUGUCAAGUCAUGAGUUCACUCUUUGCACUUGGAUUUGGUGGAUAUCUUGCAACUGGACAACCAUUUAAGUAUACGGACAAGGAACGCGGACAAGGUAUUACUUUAGCUGAAUUCGAGAAACGUAAUCCUCUGUGGUGGAAAUACAGUUUACGGGGAUUUGGCUCUGUAUUGAUAACCUUCGGUAUCGUCAGAGGUACAGAGGGAUGGAUUUGGAAUAAGGACAAGAAAUACAAGAAGUUUUAG